UUGAGAAUUGGGAUAUUUUGAUAAUUUAUUUUACAUUUAUUGUUGGCACUUGGCAAUGCGUUUUUAAAUUUACUCUAAAUUUAAGUAAGGAUUUUUUUAAAAAAAAAUGUGAGAGCUCCAUAUAUUAUUUUUAUAUAGCACGUACGACUGUGCGAGGAAUUCUUCGGGAAACAUGAAGAUAAAUAUUGAUGGUUUGUUGGUGUAUUUCCCUUAUGACUAUAUCUACCCAGAGCAAUAUUCUUACAUGUAUGAAUUAAAACGUUCAUUGGAUGCAAAGGGUCAUUGUUUAUUGGAAAUGCCUUCUGGAACAGGAAAAACUAUAUCUCUUUUAUCUUUAAUUGUUGCAUACCUUAUGCACAAACCAUUGGAACUCACGAAAUUGAUCUAUUGUUCGCGAACCGUGCCUGAAAUGGAAAAGGUUCUGGAAGAACUAAAAGUUUUGCUGGAAUAUUAUGAAAGAGAAAGUGGAAAGAAACCCAAAAUUUUAGGUGUCGGUUUAAGUUCCAGAAAGAAUUUGUGCAUACAUCCUGAGGUGAACAUUGAUAGAGAUGGUAAAAAAGUCGAUGGAAAAUGUCAAACACUUACAGCUUCAUAUAUCAGAGCAAGACAUAAACAUGAUAGCAGAGUUCCUGUUUGUUCUUUUUACGAGGAGUUUGAGGACUGUGGCCGGGAACAGCAACUGGCUCCUGGUGUUUACAAUCUUUCUGAUCUACAAGAUGUUGGGCGAGAGAAAGGAUGGUGCCCGUACUUUCUUGCAAGAUACUCCAUCUAUUAUGCCAAUGUGAUUGUAUACAGUUAUCAUUAUUUACUUGAUCCUAAAAUUGCUGAUUUGGUGUCAAAAGGACUGCCCAGGUCGGCUGUUGUGGUAUUUGACGAAGCCCAUAAUAUAGAUAAUGUUUGUAUUGAGUCAAUGAGUGUAACUAUUACCCGACGUGCUCUCGAACGAGCGCACAAUAAUGUGGAAUCUCUUGCAAAGACUAUAAACGACUUGAAAAUCUCAGAUACUGCAAGAUUGCGGGAAGAAUACAAUCAACUUGUUGAAGGUUUACGCGAAGCAAACGUGGCACGAGAAACAGACCAAAUAUUGGCCAAUCCAGUUCUUCCGGAUGACGUCUUGCAAGAGGCAAUACCGGGAAACAUUCGUCAAGCUGAACAUUAUGUUGGGUUUAUGAGGAGACUCAUUGAAUACCUGAAGACCAGAUUACGUAUUCAUCAUGUUGUGUCUGAAACACCUCUUUCCUUCCUGCAACAUAUUUAUCAACAAGUUUGUAUAGAAAGAAAACCAUUGAGAUUUUGUUCAGAAAGAUUGCGUUCCCUCCUCUACACGCUUGAACUUCCCGAUAUCGCAGACUAUGGACCUUUACGACUUAUUGCUAGUUUUGCGACCCUUGUCAGUACGUAUUCGAAAGGGUUUAUUUUGAUCAUUGAACCAUUUGAUGAUCGUACUCCAACCAUACCUAAUCCAAUAUUACAUUUAAGUUGCAUGGAUGCUUCAAUUGCUGUUAAACCAGUUUUUGACCGAUUUCAAUCAGUGGUGAUCACAUCGGGUACGCUGUCACCGGUCGAUAUGUAUCCAAAGAUGCUGGACUUCAACCCUGUUACUAUGGCGACCUUUACAAUGACUCUGAGCAGAACUUGUGUUUGCCCUCUGAUUGUGAGCCGUGGCAAUGACCAAGUUGUUAUCUCUUCAAAAUAUGAAACAAGAGAAGAUAUGGCUGUGAUACGAAACUACGGCAUUUUACUUGCAGAAUUUUCAUCUGCAGUUCCCGAUGGAGUGGUUUGUUUCUUUCCUAGUUAUCAUUACAUGGAAACUGUUGUAUCCGCUUGGAAUGAUCAGGGAAUUAUUGGAAAUAUCCAAAAGAACAAAUUAUUGUUUAUUGAAACUCAAGAUUCUGCGGAAACUAGUCUUGCUUUACACAAUUAUCAAAUGGCAUGUGAAAAUGCGGGAGCUAUUUUGUUAUCUGUUGCUCGUGGUAAAGUUUCCGAAGGAAUUGAUUUUGAUCAUCAUCUUGGCCGUGCCGUUAUAAUGUUUGGCAUUCCAUACGUGUACACACAAAGCAGAAUUCUCAAGGCAAGGUUGGAAUAUUUGAGAGACCAAUUUAAUAUUCGAGAAAAUGAUUUUCUCACAUUUGAUGCAAUGAGACACGCUGCUCAGUGUGUUGGUCGUGCUAUUCGUGGCAAAACUGACUAUGGAAUUAUGGUGUUUGCUGAUAAGAGAUUUGCAAAGAUGGAUAAACGGGGUAAAUUACCCAAAUGGAUUCAGGAAUAUGUGAAAGAUUCUGCAUGUAACCUGACUAUCGACGAAGCUGUUCAGGUUUCCAAGCAUUUCCUGCGUCAAAUGGCCCAACCUUUUCACAGGGAAGACCAGCUUGGCCUGUCGUUGUUGACGUUGGAACAGGUUCAAUCGCAGGAUUUUCAGAAAAAGAUCCAGCAAGCUGCUAUGGAGGUUUCUUAAGUUAUGUGCUCGAAUCUUACUGUUUUCCUCUGAAGCAAAGCUGGUCAGUUGAAACUAAAAAAUUGCUCACACAGUCUUUCAUUUAAAAACUCCCCUCGCUAUUUGUGUGAUUUUGAACGAAUAGAAUUAUCUACUGUUUAAAUCACCAGUAGUUUUUUAUUUUGUGAUGAAACAUGAUCUGUGACUACAAUAUCAUUCGUAGACAGCGUGUCGUUAAAGAUAAUUGUUAGUGACAUUUUAUAAGUCAUGCAAUGUCCAUCUAGAUAUUUCAUGGUAACCAUUUCUCUAACGUGGACAAUAGUAAUUGAAGAAAUAAUUUGUUCAUUUGCAA